CCUCUUCUCAAACUCCAAUAUACUCAUCACCAACACUAAAAUGGCACUUCCAUACCCAUUUUCCUAUCUCCUCUUCCUCCUUCUAAUUCUCUUAUCUUCUCUCCCAAACAUUUCCCAAGCCACCUCUCGUGCCCCAAAUCGCAUGUUAGCCUUGGUUCAAAACCAACCGCUUGUACUAAAAUACCACAAGGGUCCUCUUCUAAAGGGCAACAUCACCCUCCAUUUGCUAUGGUACGGUACAUUUACCCCCACGCAACGAUCAAUAGUCAUCGAUUUCCUUGAAUCCCUAACCUCCACGUCAGCACCUGGAGCCCCUUCAGUUUCCACGUGGUGGCAAACCACCGAGAGCUACAGGGGAGGCCCCUGCACCCUCGUCGUAGGGAACCAAAUCCUCGAUGAAACCUACUCCCUCGGAAAAUCACUAAAAAACGACCACCUCGUAGCUCUGGCGUCGAAUCCUAAACUAAAUUCGGCGCCCGGGGAUCGUGUCGUCCACGUCAUCCUCACCGCAGCUGACGUGGCGGUGGAGGAUUUCUGCAUGAACCAGUGCGGGACCCACGGGAGGGGCAAGAACGGAAAUUCAGAAAAGAUCGCGUAUGCGUGGGUGGGGAAUUCUGUUACGCAGUGUCCGGGGCAGUGCGCGUGGCCGUUCCAUCAACCGCUAUACGGUCCCCAGACGGCACCGUUAGUGGCGCCUAACGGCGACGUUGGGGUUGACGGAAUGGUGAUAAAUUUAGCGACGGUUUUGGCUGGGGCGGUUACGAAUCCGUUUGAGGACGGUUACUAUCAGGGUCCGGCGAGUGCGCCGCUGGAGGCGGUGUCGGCGUGCACCGGGAUUUUCGGGAAGGGGGCGUACCCGGGUUACGCCGGGAACGUUCUGGCGGAGAACGCGACGGGGGCAAGCUACAACGCCGUCGGGGUGCGCGGCCGGAAGUUCUUGCUGCCGGCGAUGUGGGACCCACUCACCUCCACCUGCAAGACACUGGUGUGAGAUGAAUGUAAAGUGUAAACAAUAUAAAAGGACCAUAAAAUAUGGGUUUGUGUGUGAGAGAGAGAAAAGAGAGAUUUGCAAGUUUGCCUCGGACGGUUGUUAUUGGAAUGAUAGGUUAUGUGUGGUAAUAGGUAAUAAUAGUUAAUUUUGAUACUUUUUAAAAUAAAUAUAUAUAUGUAUGAAAUAAUUAGAGAUUAAUUUCCAUCAUCUCAGUAUAAAGUUUUUUUUUUGUAAUAAA